CUAUGUGUCACCCGCAAGGGAGGAAGUUGAUAAGCGGGGAGGAACGCCUAAACCCGGAGCAGAGGCGAGUGCCCUGUGGAAACGACCCAAGCGAAAAGGAAGCUGGGCUCACUUUCUGGUCCACAUCCCCAUCCAAGGAGGACUUUGGGUUGAAGGGCUCAUCAUGGCCGGUCUGAAAACGGCGACUGGGGAAUACAUUGACGACUCUUGGGAGCUCAAUGCCUUUGUGGAAGACUUGGGGCCAGAUGCCGAUCCGGUCACACUCCGGGUCUCGGGCAGCAUGCAUAUCGGAGGCGUCAUGCUCCAGAUCGUGGAUAAGUUAAAUCUCCAGAGGGACUGGUCAGACCAUGCCUUGUGGUGGGAACAGAAGAAGCUGUGGCUGCUGAAGACAAACUGGAGCCUGGAUAAAUAUGGGAUUUUGGCCGAUGCCAAACUCCGCUUCACUUCGCAACACAAACCGGUGCUUCUUUCGCUACCAAACCGAUGCACUGUCCGUGUCCGGGCUAACUUUGCCCAACCUGUCUUCCGCACCGUUGCCGAUAUUUGCAAGGUGCUUGGUAUCCGCCAUUACGAAGAGCUAUCAUUGCUAUGGCCUCCUGAACAGAAGGACAAGCGGAAGCAGAAGGAAAAGGAGGGGAGCCAGGCAGAAAGCUAUGACUUGACUGGAGUUCGGCUGCCAGCAAGUGCAGAACAGCAGCUCUUUCGAGGUAUGCCUGCUCACUUCUCGGACAGUGCCAACACAGAGGCCUGCUACCGGAUGCUGUCGGUCAGCCAGACUGGGAUCACCCCUGAGCAGAUCAUGCGGAUGCACCGGCCAGGAUCCCUCACUGAGAAGACACAGAUCAACAGCAGGUGGCUGGAUUCAUCACGGACUUUGCUGCAACAGGAAGUCAAGGAGAAUGACUGCUUAUGGCUACGCUUCAAGUAUUACUGUUUCUUUGACUUGGAGCCUAAGUAUGACACGGUGCGGAUCAACCAGCUCUACGAACAGGCCCGUUGGUCUGUGCUGCUGGAGGAGACGGAGUGCACCGAGGAAGAGAUGGUGGUAUUUGCUGCUCUGCAGUAUCGCAUCAACCAGCUGUCCUUGAAUGCCAGUCCACCAGAGCACUCUGGUGACUCGGGCCUUGAUGAUUUAGACAAGGCUCUUGCCAGUCUGGAGGUCAAGCUUGAAGGAUCCUCCUCGACACCCAAUGUUCUGGAAAGUCUCACAGCUAUCCCUGAGCUGAAGGAUAACCUCCGAAUAUUCAGGCCUCGCAAACUGACCCUGAAGGGCUACAAGCAGUACUGGGUGGUCUUCAAAGAGACCUCCAUCUCCUACUACAAGAGCCGCGAGGAAGCACUGGGAGAACCCAUUCAGCAGCUCAACCUCAAGGGCUGCGAAGUGGUACCAGAUGUCAAUGUCUCUGGCCAGAAAUUCUGCAUCAAGCUCUUGGUGCCUUCUCCAGACGGGAUGAGCGAAGUGCACCUGCGUUGUGCGGACGAGCAGCAGUAUGCCCACUGGAUGGCGGGUUGCAGGUUGGCAGCGAAGGGCAAGACCAUGGCAGACGCCUCGUACCCAACCGAGGUGGAGAACAUCCUGUCCUUCCUGAAGCUCCAGCGGACCAACCCAGAGGCACCCCUCGCUCCGGAGGCCGAGGGGGCCCAGUGGCUUGUGUCCCCACGCUACCAGAAGAAGUUCAAACCAAAGCAGUUAACUCCACGUAUCUUGGAGGCCUAUCAGAAUGUGGCCCAGCUCUCUCUCAAUGAUGCCAAAAUGAAAUUUAUCCAAGCCUGGCAGUCGCUCCCGGAUUUUGGAAUCACUUACUUCGUAGUCAGAUUCAAGGGCAGCCGGAAGGAUGAAAUCUUGGGCAUUGCCAACAACCGCUUGAUCCGCAUCGACCUUGCCGUUGGGGAUGUGGUGAAGACUUGGCGGUACAGCAACAUGCGCCAGUGGAACGUCAACUGGGAUAUCCGACAGGUGGCUAUAGAGUUCGAUGAACACAUCAAUGUGGCUUUCAGCUGCAUUUCUGCUGGUUGCAAGAUUGUGCAUGAAUACAUCGGUGGGUACAUCUUCCUGUCCACACGCUCAGUGGACAGAAGUCAAACCCUAGACGAGGAGCUCUUCCACAAGCUAACAGGCGGCCACGAAGCCCUCUGAUCGUCUGCCACAAAGGCAAGUUUGUGCCCAGGAAGAGAGUUCCUCCCUUAAAGAACUGGUCACUUCUGGCAUUUGGAGCAGCCAACAAACUUGCAGAGAGGAGCAAAGAAGGAAUGUUGGCAUGAUUUUGGAUGCACAAAAAAUAUAUUUCCCAAUAUAGUCCUAAUAAAAAAAGAAGAAUGGAGUCCCUAUGAAGGAUGAAGGUGGAAACAGGCAAGCAGUCGUCAUAAUAGGGAAGGGAGGAAUCUCUUUCUAUUAUGUCCUGGCAUUACACAUUAUUUGCCCUUUCUUGGAGUCACUGCAACUCCUAACAUCAUUCCAAAUCUUUUUUAUAAU